AUGUUGGGGAAUUACUCUAGUGCCACUGAAUUUUUUCUCUUAGGCUUCCCAGGCUCCCAAGAAGUACGCCAUAUCCUUUUUACUACCUUCUUCUUCCUGUACUCAGUGACAGUAAUUGGAAAUAUGGUCAUCAUUGUCACCGUCUGUGUUGAUAAACAUCUGCAGUCCCCCAUGUAUUUCUUCCUUGGCCAUCUGUCUGUCCUGGAGGUCCUGAUCACAUCUACUGCAGUCCCUUCCAUGCUGUGGGGGUUGUUGCUUCCAAGCACUCAGAUGAUAUCUUUGACUGCAUGUGCUGCGCAGCUCUAUUUGUACCUUUCUUUGGGUACCUCAGAGUUGGCAUUGAUGGGAGCGAUGGCUGUGGACCGUUAUGUGGCUGUCUGUCACCCCUUGAGAUACAACACUGUUAUGAGCAGCCACACCUGUAUUUGGGUGGUAAUUAUGUCUUGGGGGUUUGGAUUCCUUUCUGAAAUUUGGUCAGUCUAUGCCACAUUUCAGUUGACCUUCUGCAAAUCAAAUGUGUUAGACCAUUUUUACUGUGACCGAGGGCAGUUACUUAAGGUAUCCUGUGAUGACACUCUUUUCACAGAGUUUAUUCUGUUUUUAAUGGCUGUUUUCAUUAUCAUUGGUUCUUUGAUCCCUACGAUUGUCUCCUACACCUACAUCGUCUCCACCAUCCUCAAAAUCCCUUCAGCCUCUGGCCAGAGGAAAUCCUUCUCCACCUGUGCCUCCCACUUCACCUAUGUUGUGAUUGUCUAUGGCAGCUGCUUGUUCCUUUAUGUGAGACCCAAGCAAACGCAGGCAACUGAGUACAACAGGGUAGCAUCCCUGUUGGUUUUAGUAGUGACUCCUUUUCUGAACCCUUUUAUCUUUACCCUCCGGAAUGACAAGUUCAUACAGGCUUUUGGGGAUGGCAUGAAACGCUGCUACCAACUCAUCAAAAAUUAG